AUGAACGACCCUCUGAUAUCCACUGUUCCUCCAUUCAUUUGCUCAAACUCACCAAGUGGACGACCCUCUGAUAUCCUUGUUCCUCCAUUCAUUUGCUCAAACUCACCAAAUAGACGACCUCUGAUAUCCAUUCAUUGUCUCUCCAUUCAUUUGCUCAAACUCACCAAUAGACGUCCUCUGAUAUCCUUGUUCCUCCAUUCAUUUGCUCAAACUCACCAAAUAGACGACCUUCUGAUAUCCACUGUUCCUCUCUAUUCAUUUGCUCAAACUCACCAAAUAGACCACUCUGAUAUCCCUUGUUCACUCCAUUCAUUUGCUCAAACUCUCCAUGGACGACCUUCUGAUAUCCCUUGUUCCUCCAUCUAUUUGCUCAACCCACCAAGUAGACGACCUCUGAUAUCCACUGUUCCUCCAUUCAUUUGCUCAAACUCACUAAGACCCUCUGAUAUCGACCCUCCAUUCAUUUGCUCAAACUCACCGUUAAAUACCCUCCAAUGCUCCCUUGUUCCUCCAUUCAUUUGCUCAAACUCACCACGACCCUCACAAUAUCCAUUCAUUUGCUCAAACUCACCAAAUAGACGACCCUCUGAUAUCCACUGUUUCCUCCAUUCAUUUGCUCAAACUCACCAAGUAGACGACCCUCUGAUAUCCCUGUUCCUCCAUUCAUUUGCUCAAACUCACCAAGUAGACGACCCUCUGAUAUCCACUGUUCCUCCAUUCAUUUGCUCAAACUCACCAAAUAUAGACGACCUUCUGAUAUCCACUUCUAUCCAUUCAUUUGCUCAAACUCACCAAAUAGACGACCCUCUGAUAUCCACUGUUCCUCCAUUCAUUUGCUCAAACACACCAACAGACGACCUUCUGAUAUCCACUGUUCCUCCAUUCAUUUGCUCAAACUCACCAAAUAGAUUUGACCCUGUGAUAUCCUUGUUCCUCCAUUCAUUUUGCUCAACUCACCAAAUGGACGUCCUGAUAUCCACUGUUUCCUCCAUUCAUUUGCUCAAACUCCAAGUAGACGACCUUCUGAUAUCCACUGUUCCUCAUUCAUUUGCUCAAACUCACCAAACAGACGAUCCUCUGAUAUCCCUUUGUUCCUCCAUUCAUUUGCUCAAACUCACCAAGUGGGACGACCCUCUGAUAUCCCUCGUUUCCUCCCAUUCUAUUCUGAUAUCCAAUUUCCUCCAUUCAUUGCUCAGACUCACCACGACCUCUGAUAUCCCUCGUUCCCUCCAUUCAUUUGCUCAACUUCACCAAAUAGACGGACCUCUGAUAUCCACUGUCUUCCAUUCAUUGCCUCAAACUCACCAAAUAGACGACCCUCUGAUAUCCACUGUUCCUCCAUUCAUUUGCUCAACACACCAAAUAGACGACCCUCUUGAUAUCCACUGUUCCCUCCAUCUAUUUGCUCAAACUCACCAUAGACGACCCUCUGAUAUCUUUCUUUGUUCCUCCAUUCAUUUGCACAAACUCACAAGUGGACAACCGUCUGAUAUCUGCUGUUCCUCAUUCAUUUGCUCAAACUCACCAAAUAGACGACCCUCUGAUAUCCCUUGUUCCUCCCAUUCAUUUGCUCAAACUCACCAAGUGGACGACCCUCUGAUAUCCACUGUUCCUCCAUUCAUUUGCUCAAACUCACCAAGUGGACAACCGUCUGAUAUCCCUUGUUCCUCCAUUCAUUUUGCUCAAACUCACCAAACGACCCUCCUGAUAUCCACUGUUUCCUCCAUGCAUUUGCUCAAAACUCACCAAGUGGACAACCUCUCUGAUAUCUGCUGUUCCACCAUUCAUUUUGCUCCAAACUCAUUAAAUGGACGACCCUCUGAUAUCCCUUGUUCCUCCAUUUCAUUUGCUCAAACUCACCAAAUAGACGACCUUCUGAUAUCCACUGUUUCCUCCAUUCAUUUGCUCCAAACUCACCAAAUAGACAACCGUCUGAUAUCUGCUGUUCCACCAUUCAUUGCUCAAACUCACCAAGUGGGACGACCCUCUGAUAUCCCUUUGUUCCUCCAUUCAUUUGCACAAACUCACCAAAUGGACAACCGUCUGAUAUCUGCUGUUCUCCAUUCAUUUGCUCAAACUCAACCAAGUAGACGACCUCUGAUAUCCACUGUUCCUCCAUUCAUUUGCUCAAACUCACCAAAUAGACGACCCUCUGAUAUCCUUGUUCCUCCAUUCAUUUGCUCAAACUCACCAAGUAGACGACCCUCUGAUAUCCACUACGACCCUCUGUUAUCCACUGUUUCCUCCCGUAUUCAUUUGCUCAAACUCACCAAGUGGACAACCUCUGAUAUCUGCUGUUCUCCAUUCAUUUGCUCAAACUCACCAAGUAGACGACCCUCUGAUAUCCCUUGUUCCUCCAUUCAUUUUUGCUCAAACUCACCAAGUGGACGACCCUCGAUAUCCACUGUUCCUCCAUUCAUUUGCUCAAACUCACCAAGUGGACAGCCCUCUUUCUUGAUAUCCCUUGUUCCUCCAUUCAUUUGCUCAACUCACCAAAUAGACGACCCUCUGAUAUCCACUGUUCUUCCAUCAUUUGCUCAAACUCACCAAAUAGACAACCUCUGA